AUGCCUAACCUUCCCUCCCCGCCAUCACCCCUCUCUUCCUCGGGGAAGAAGAGACCACACCCCUCCAACGAUACAUCGCCCACUCAAUCGGACCCCGCGACGUCGCAUGUCCCCUCCACCUCGGCUGCCGGGCCCUCCACAUCGCCGGCGCAUUCAACUGCCACCGUUGCCUCGAGUGCAUCCUCUUCCUCAUUUCGAAACGUGUCCGCCUGUAAUCGCUGUCGACUACGCAAGAACCGCUGUGACCAGCGCCUCCCACGAUGCCAAUCCUGUGAAAAGGCCGGUGUCCGCUGCGUCGGAUAUGACCCUAUUACCAAGCGAGAGAUACCACGUAGUUACGUGUAUUUCCUAGAAACCCGAGUCGCCUACCUAGAGAAACAGCUGGCGGAGCAUCAGAUAGAAUUCAAGAAAGCCGUUGCUUUUGACGAAGAGGAGGCAGUCAAAACGGAAACCGAACCCGACGUUGCGCAACCCUCAUCCACUCUUGACGGAAACGCCAUUGAUAUCUCAGAAAAGACACAAUGGAAGAAUCCAGCGCUGAAGGAGGAGAAUGACCGAUCCGAGCAGAGGGCGGAUGUGGAACAGACUGCAGAAGGUGCUCGCGAUCCCGCCAACGAAGACAAUUGGCGCCUGCACAACUUGGUAUCAAAUAUCGGCAUGGUUUCGGUGCAAGGCACAUCGGAUCCUCGAUAUCUUGGCUCAACUUCCGGUAUAUCAUUUGCUCGAGUUGUGUUUGCUGCAGUGAGAACCGCCGGUGGCCCUGGAGGCACCAUGCGUGAUUCUUUCUUCGGUCUCCAGACAAAGCCGAUGAUGAAGCGUGCAUCCUUCCCUGACCGCGAGCUAGCCGAGCGACUCAUCGAUCUCUAUUUCGAACACGCCAACCCCCAAAUGCCCAUUCUCCAUCGCCCGGAAUUCAUGGAACUUUUAGAUCGAACAUAUCAGCUGGAAGAGAAAAACCGAUCCCCACGCGCUCUUUAUAUCCUCAACAUCGUGUUUGCUAUCGGUGCUGGGAUCAUCUUUGACGAUAAGCCCCAGAGUUCAGAUGAGGAGAGCCGCGCUGGCCGUGACCGAGCCUCGUCCACAACCAAGCGACCAAGGUUGUCCAGUCAUCAAUACCAGCCAGAGGAGUAUCAUGCCUCGGCGAUUGUGCAUUUGGAAUCUUUCCUGGGUUCCUCAUCUAGUGAGGGCUUUGGUGGGUUGGAAGAACUUCAAGCGGUGCUUUUGUUGGCCAGCUUUGCGCUACUACGACCUGUUGCGCCGGGUUUGUGGUACAUUGUGGGUGUUGCUAUGCGCCUAGCAGUUGAUUUGGGCCUCCACUAUGAAGAUGGCGUUGGUCUUGAUAUCGGAUCGAAAGACGGUAACCCUAUUCAACCCCGCAUAGAUGCGCGUGAGCGUGGUCGACGCGAAUGGGUUCGUGACCUGCGACGUCGCCUUUGGUGGUGUGUAUACAGCUUUGACCGUCUCGUUGCCACUUGCGUCGGACGGCCAUUUGGUAUUAGCGACCAGGCUAUCAGCACCGAGUUCCCAUCCAUGAUGGAUGACAAGUUUAUCACCAAGUCUGGACUGCUGUCACCACCCGAGGGAGCCCCGACUUAUAAGCAUGUUGCCUUCCAUUACUUCAAGCUGCGUCUUCUUCAAUCCGAGAUCCACGAUGUUCUUCAAUACCAGCAAGCCCGUGCUGUGCGACGACGUGCCCCAGAUAGCAUGGUCAUCUUGCCCCACGCUGAACUUACCUCGCCGUUCCUCCAAGGAUUUGAUUCAUUCCGCUCGUGGCGUCAUGAUGUACACCGUCGCCUGGUGGAAUGGCACGAGACCGCCCCAACUCGUGCGGAUACGGGUGUUCGAUUCUCUAUCGAACUUUUGGAAUUGAAUUAUUGGCAAGGCAUUAUUCUGCUAUAUCAGCAGAGCUUGACGGUACCCGCAGAGCUAGCUAGCGAGUUGACUCCAGCCGACGAUGUCUCCAGUCCAUCCUUCUCAAAUCCUGAUGAGGGUGAUGAAGAAGACCAUGUCUACCUGAAUGUUGCCGAAGCUGGCCAGAAAGUGAUUCGAAUCUAUCGUCAGCUCCACCGUGUGCGUUUGGUGAAUUAUACAUAUCUUGCUACUCACCAUAUUUUCAUGGCUGGAAUCUCCUUCUUAUAUGCUAUCUGGCAUUCGCCUCUUGUUCGAAGCCGACUCACUCUCGAUGAAGUCGAUUUUACUGUCCUUGCAGCAACCUCUGUUCUGGGUGAUUUAAUGCACAAAUGUCCGCCUGCUGAGAAUUGCCGUGAUGCUUUCGAGCGGAUGAGCAAAGCCACAGUCCAGAUGUGUCUCUCUACGACUGGCUUUGGGUCUCAGGUUGACAUGUCCCGUGUGCAGACAUCGUCUCACGCAAGCAGCUCAUUGUAUCACGGCCGAACGCGCCAGCAGAUGGGUCAACGACAGCAACCGGGCCAGGGUCAGCCUCGCCGACCGACCCAAACUCGCGCAUCGCGACCAGUUCCCAAGUUCGAUAUGAACUUGGCAGACCUAUUCAGUGACAACCCACCACCUCUGGCCGAUCGAUCAAGGAUCGAGAACAGGCCCGGAGGACCUCCUUAUGCUGUCCGACCAGAUGCCCCAGAGACUCUACCUCCGGGCUUCGCAGCAACAGAUCGCACAGGUCGUCCGUUCGCGCAGCGCACUCCCUCGAUGGAUUACUACAUGAAAUACGAAAACGCCACUUCUCCCCAAGCCCCUCAACCUCAAUUCUACUAUGGUAACUCGCCACCGCAGAGCGGUUCUCCUGGCAGUGUUGCCGCCCAUUCUGCCAAUGGCCCUCACGGCGUUCCACCUGCCGACCAUCCGGAGAACCAGGCUGGAAUCAGUCUCGACUUCUUAGACUUUAGCUCUGGGGAUCCCGAUCAUCCCGCGAAUAUGGAAACAGAUGCGAAUGCAGAUUAUCACCUCGCUAAUAUGCCUCCACUCGGUCCCAACCUGGGACAGAACGUGGGCAUUGAUCUGGGCUUUGGCAUGGCUAUGGACUUCCAGCAUGAUUGGAGUGAAAAUCCCAAUUAUGAUCUUCUUGAAGGGUAUUUCUUCGGAGGCUCUGGACCUGGCGCAUCCGGCGGCGAUGCAUAA